AUGGCUUUUAAAUUUCGUAUACCAAAUAUAGCAUUUCGUAAACGAAUGUCAUGGUUUGAUUUUACUAUUGCUUGUGUAGUUGGUGUAUUGGCUGGAUUUUAUACAUUUAAACCUGGUCUUAAAGAUGCCAGAGAAGCGCUCGAAAGACGAGAAGCAUUAAAAGAAAUUCAAGCAAGAAGACAGGCUGAAGCUGAAAGAGGAAAUCCUCCACCACCUAUUAUUAAUAAAGAAAAACCAGAAAAUGUACAACAACAAUUACGAACAUCUAGCCGACCACCAUGGCCCGUAGCACUCAAACAUAUGUGGAAAUCUACGAAUGCACGUUAUGCAUUUUUAUGGUUUACGGGUGGAUUAUUAUUUUGUUUAUUUGGUAAACGAGCUAUAAAAAAACGUGAAGAAGAAUUAGUAAUUAAUGAUAUUGAAAAUUAUUUAGAAAAUAAAAGAAAAAAAGAUUUACAAUAG